CUCCAAUUUCUCCUAAAACUCCGCACAUGGAGAAAUGAAGCAAGUGUUUAAAGACAGAUGGAGUAUAAAACAGAGGGAAGUGUUGGGGUGGCAUUUUUGUUUCAAAAAAAAAAUUAAAUACAUCGUAUUAUUCAUCAAAAUAAUAUAAUAAUUUCAGGAAAAAAAAAAGAUUAAAAAAAAAAAGAAAAAAGAAAAAAGAAGAAAAAAAAAGAGAAGAGAACAGAAAUAAGGAUUUCCCUCUGGUUUUAGUAGGAAGUUGGACUGGUAGUUAGCAUUGUCUCUAACUAACCUUCUCACAGCAUGCACUAUACCACGAAAAUCUCUAACAUUCUCAUCUUUUUCCCCAAACUAAAACCAUGGAUACUCCAGAAGCCCGAAUUAAGGACCAAAUCACCCUUCUCGAAGACGAAGAGGGCAAUAUAGUAAAUCUACAACAGCAGCUAAAGGAUGCUCAGAAGAAGAAUAUUGAGUUUGCUGUGAUCAUUGAGGAGCUCACAAUCGAGAGAGAUUGCCUAAAGACAGAGUUUUUCGGGGUCGAGGCGAAGGUUAGGGAGAGGGAAGAGGAGUUGUUAAGGAGGAUUAAAGAUGGGUUUAGGGAGAAAGAAUGUUUAGAGGUGGAAAUUUAUGAGGGUAUGAGAGAAAGGGAGGAGUUAGUGAGGAAACUUGAUUUUGGUUUGAGUGAAAAAGUGGGGUUAUUGAAGGAUUUUGAAGUUUUAAAGGGGAAGAAUGAGGAGUUUGAGGUGAAUUUUUCGAGGGGAUUCGAGGUUUUAGGCUUGAUCAAAGAGUGUUUGAUCAAGGUAAAUGAUUGUUUUGAUGGGAAAGGAUUGGAGGAAAAUGUGUCGAUUUUCGAGAGAAGAUUGAUGAUAGAUUGUAAGAGAUCAAUGGAUGGUUUGUUGGGGGAGUUGGAUUUUGUUUCGAGGUUGGCGAAAAGGGUUGAGGAUAGAAUGGAAGAUUAUGGAGAUAUUAAGGAUUUUUUGAAUGAAGUUGAAGAUUAUAAGAAGAGGACUAAAGAGUUUGAGGAGAAUUUGUUGAGAAACUUGGAUGUUCUUGACUUUAUUACAAAGUGUUUGAUGAGAGUUGAUGAGUGUCUAGAUCAUAAAGAAGUGGAAAGAAUGUGGGUUGAUCAUAGUGAAUGCCAUGGUAUUAAAGAGCAAGUGUUGAAUGUUGAGGAGAAAUUGGAAGUGUUGAUGUACGCGAAAUUGGAAUUUGUAUCAAGGAUUGCUAAAAGGGUUGAAGAAAAAAUGAAUGCUCAUCUAGAGAAGGUGAAUAAAGAGAAGAGGGCAUUAGAAAGGAGUGUGAUGAGUCUAACUGAAGAGAAUCGAGACGUUAAUGCCUUGCUUCGUAUUGCGUUGGUUGAGAAGGAAGCAGUAGAGAAGAGUCUUAGCAAGUUGAAGGGUAACAAUGAACAAAGGAGAGUUCCCUUGUUGCAGUUUGCUGAGAGGGGGCUGCAAAGAGUUGGGUUUGGAUUUAUAAUAGGAGGCGCUUCCAAUGAGCAACAUGAGGAUCAAAAGAAAAUAGCUGAUCAAGCUUCAGAUUGUAUAAUGUCUGAUGUUAGCAGUGAAUGUGAAGAGGAAGUUGUGAGUUUGGCCUCAACUGUGGAGAAACUCAUGAAGGGCCUUCGACUCGAAAUUACUCAAUUAUGGAGAGAUUUGGAGGAUUCCAGGUCUGACACUGAGCGGUUACAAAGUUUAACAGAGAAACAAGCUCAAAAAAUCACUGAACAAAUUGUUUACAUCAAAGAGUUGGAAGAAAGAGAGAGAAAUCUGACUAAAAAUGUUGAGGAGCUCCUCGUUGAAAUAAAAGCAACGGAAGAGGAGAUUGAGAGGUGGAGAGAAGCCUGUGAAUUGGAAGUAGAAGCUGGAAAACAUGUUGCUCAGGAGCAUAACAAAGUGGUUGCUAUUUUGAAACAAGAGUUAGAGAAGACAAGAACUGCUUUGCAAGUGUCAAACAAGAAGUUAAAGUUAAAGGAAGAAGUAGCUGUUGCUGCAAUGGUAGCACAGUCAGCUGCAGAGAAGUCUCUUCAAUUGGCUGUCAAUAGGGCAGCAAUAUUUCGAGAGAGGAUUGAAGAACUGACAAGACAAGUGGAAGAAGAUGAAAGCAGACAUAAGAAUAACAGACGCAGGUUGAGACGUAUAUGUUGGCCAUGGCAAGCUCUUUACCCUGCAGCUACUAAUACUAGGGUUCGGAAUUUGGAUAUAAAACAUAUGCUUCCGGAAAUGCAAGCCCUUCAUCAAAGAAUUUAAAAUUACACAU